AUGAGGUCUAGUGGUGCAUCGAAUCAGUGUGCCAUCGAGGUGAAUGACCACUUUCGUUUUGCAGUGUUCAAUUUACUAGUGUUUAUGUGUUUUGGACAAAAGUUAGAGGAGUCUAAAAUUAGAGAAAUCGAGGCAAUCCAACACCGACUAUUAACAACCUUUAAUCGCUUCCUAGUUCUCGAUUGCUUGCCUUGGAUCACCCGUAUGUUACUCCCUAAUCGUUGGGCGGAGGUCUACGAGUUAAAGAAGAAACGCGACGAGGUGCUAAUUCCCAUCAUCAGAGCUCGAAAGAAGUUGCUUCAAGCUCAGUCACAAGAUGAUAACACAAGUAUCAUUGCUGCUUAUGUCGACACUUUGUUUACUUUGCAACUCUCAGAGCCAGAGGAUACUACUACUACUGCAACUACUACUACUACUACGACUACUACUACUAAUAACAGUAAUAGAAGAAGAAAGAGGAAGCUAAGUGAAGAAGAAAUGGUAACAAUCUGUUCCGAAUUCCUUAAUGCAGGAACUGACACAACUUCGACAGCAUUAGAAUGGAUUAUGGCUAAUCUUGUUAAGUACCCGAAAGUACAAGAUAAGCUAUAUCAAGAGAUUCAACGAGUAGUCGGAGUAUUAGAAGUUGAUGAAGUGAACGAGAAACAAGUGUCUAAGAUGAAGUAUCUUAAAGCUGUUGUAUUAGAGGGACUUAGAAGGCAUCCACCAAGUUAUUUUUCUUUGCCUCAUGCAGUGACUCGAAAGGUGGAUUUGGGUGGAUAUACUAUUCCUGAAAAUGCUAUUGUGUUCUUCACAAUUGCAGAGAUGGGUUGGGAUGCAAAAGUGUGGGAUGAUCCGAUGGAAUUCGAACCCGAAAGAUUUUUAUCAAGCGAUAAUAAGGUGGAAGAAUUUGACAUAACUGGAAGUAAGGAGAUAAAGAUGAUGCCAUUUGGGGUAGGAAGAAGAAUAUGUCCUGCAUUUCAAUUAGCCAUGUUUCAUCUUGAAUAUUAUGUGGCUAAUUUGGUUUGGAAGUUUGAAUGGAGAGUUGUAGAUGGAUAUGAGGUUGAAUUAUCUGAGAAACAAGAGUUUACUGUUGUGAUGAAUAAUUCACUCAAGACUCAAAUUUUUCCUCGUCAGAUUGUUAAUUAAACAGCAUGAGCCAUGACUCAUGAGGAAGUACUAUAUGCUUGUAUUUUGCACUUAAUUCCGAUAAGUUAUGUUCAAGUUCAAUAAGCGUAAGGCUCUGUUCUUCUCAACUUGUUUGAUUGAACUAAAAUCUUUCCUCGUUAGAUUAUUAAACAGCAUGAGCCAUGACCCAUGACUCAUGAGGAAGUACUAUAUGCUUGUACUUUGCACUUAAUUCCGAUAAGUUAUGUUCAAGGUC